GCAUUCGUAAUCUAGGCCAUGAUUCUUUCAUUACUCUAGAUUGGUUAGAAAUUUGGGCAAUGCAAAAUUUGGCAAGAUGCAUGCCCUUUUUUUUCACACAUUUUUUCUAUAGCACAAAGAUUAGAUAAUUACCCGCUUAUUUCAAUCUAAGAAAAUCGCGCCCUUAAAUUAUGAUUUGACAAUCAACUGAUAUAUCAUGAAAGUAGCAAACUUUACCAAUCAUGAGAUCUGCUGCAAAACUUCGAUUAUUCAAUUCAAUUAGCAACUCUAAAAUUCAGAAUUUUAACCUCUUCAAUUUUUCAACACUUUCAAGGAGAAAAAACCAACCAAAAUCUCAAAACACCCAGAAACCUCGGCUUAAGAAACAGACAUCUUUACAAAAAGAUGAAAAUGAUUCUUUGUUCAGUGAAAUUGCUGAGAUUUUGGGUGCUGGAAAUCUUGUCCUGAGUAAAAUUUCAUCUGGGUAUUCUGUUUCUGAUUCAGUAUCUCUUGAUUUUGCUGGAAAUGGGCAUUGCACGCCAGGUGUUUGUGAAAAUGCCCAGGAGAAAAUUGAGAGUAAGAAAGAAGAGGUGGUGGUUGUAAGAGAUGUACAGGUGGGUGAUUUAACUGGAAAUGAUGAUGAUGUUAGUGAUGUUGUACAUAGAAUUUCAGAGAUUGUAAGGGGAGGUAAUGCUGGGAUUUCGAUGGAGGAGCGGUUGAAUGAUUCGGGCUACGAAUUUAGUUCAGAUAUUGUUGUGAAGGUGUUGAAGAGGUGCUUUAAAGUUCCACAUUUGGCUAAAAGGUUUUUCAAUUGGGUGAAGUUGAAGAAUGAGAGUUGUCUUACCACUGAAAGUUACAACACAAUGUUGUAUCUAGCAGGGGAAGCUAAAGAGUUUGAAUUGAUUGAAAGUUUGUUGGAGGAAAUGGAAAAAUUUAGUUGUGAGAAGGAUAUUAAGACUUGGACCAUAUUGUUCAUGCAUUAUGGAAAGGCAAAGUUGGUUGGGAAGGCUCUGCUGACUUUUGAAAAAAUGAAAAGAUUGGGUUUUGAACCUGAUGCCGAGUCUUAUAGAUGGUUAAUUCGUGUACUUUGUCAAUGUGGAAAAGGUGAAAUUGCAUUGGAGUUUUACAAAGAGAUGGUCCAAAAAGAGUUUGUGCUGGAUAAUAGAUUGUACACAAUGUUGCUUAACUGUCUUGCUGGUUGUGGAGAUAUUGAUGGAGUUUACAUUGUUGCAAAUGACAUGGUUAAUAUUUCUGAGAUCCCUGAACAUGAUGUUUAUUCUUGUGUCUUGAAAAGCUUUUGUAUGUCCGAACGCAUCAGAGAAGCUUUAGAGUUAAUCCGUGAUCUCAAGACUAAGAAUUUGACAUUAACUUCUGAGUACUUUGAAAUAUUGGUGAAGGGACUUUGUAAGGCUGGUAGGAUGGUUGAUGCUUUGGAGAUUGUUGAUAUUAUGAAGAAAAUAAAUGCUGUUAAUGACGUGGUUUAUGGAGCUUUGAUACAUGGAUACCUGAGACAAAACAAUCUUCCUAGGGCUUUGGAUCUGUUUCGUGGCAUGAAGGAUGAUGGUAUUGCACCCUUAACUUCAACUUGCACUCAGUUGAUGCAGCACUUUUUUGACUUAAAUGAGUAUGAGAAGGGUUGUGCUCUAUUCAAUGAGAUGCUGGAGAGGGGAGUUAAGCUGGAUUCUGUGGCUUAUACAGCAAUGAUUGCAGGUCAUGUACGCAACAACUCUAUUUCUGCUGCUUGGAAACUAUUUAAAAGCAUGGAGGAGGAAGGAAUUAAAGCCACACAAAAAUGUUAUCUAGUUUUUAUCAAGGAACUCUGUCGGAGCUUAAACACCAAUGAAAUGAUCAAGGUUUUGAAUCAUAUGCAGGAUAACAAAAUUAAAAUUGGGGAGGAAAUUUUCCAAUGCGUCAUAUCUUAUUUAAAAAGGAAAAAGGAAACAACUAAACUGGAAGAGGUGAAGAAGAUACUACAAAACUCUAGGCAUUACUGUGAAGCAGUUGAAGCAUGUGGAGAUGAUUCUUCAGAAAGUAAGUUGCAUCAUUCAGAGUGCAACAAUGUUGAGCCAAAUGUGGAGAGUUUGUUGUUAGAGCCUUUAUCACAGUCUUUCAGUGAUGAAGAUCUGCAUAAAAUUUGUGGCGUUUUGUCAUCGUCAAAGGAUUGGUCAGUUAUGCAAGAAGUUUUGGAGGAGUUCAAAAUUUGUUAUACACCUGAUCUUGUGACUGAGAUCCUACGCAUUUGCAGCCAACAUGGUCGUGCCGCCCUACAAUUUUUCUCGUGGGUUAAAAGUCAACCUGGUUAUAGACAUACGACUGAAUCUUACAACAUGGGAAUGAAGGUAGCUGGUAAAGGGAAAGAUUAUAAACACAUGAGGAAUCUCUUCUAUGAAAUGCAAAGAAAUGGUUGUUUGGUAACACCUGAUACAUGGACAAUCAUGAUAAUGUUGUAUGGUCGAGUAGGCCUUACUGAUAUUGCAUUGAAGACUUUCAAUGAAAUGAAAGUCAGUGGCUUGAAGCCAACAGCAAGUACAUACAAGUACUUGAUCUUGUCACUCUGUGGGAGAAAGGGUAGGAAGGUGGAUGAAGCCAUCAAAUUGUUCAAAGAGAUGAUUAACACCGAAUUAGUUCCAGAUAAAGAAUUGGUUGAAGUAUGCUUUGAUUGUUUUUGCCAAGCGGGGAAAUUGGAGGAUGCAAAGAAAUGCUUGGAUUAUCUCCAAAAAGUUGGUUUUACAAAGCCUCUGAGCUAUUCUUUGCUUAUUAGAAUUCUUUUUAGGAGAGGCAAAGUAGAAGAGGCCUUAGCUCUGGCAGAUGAUGUUAAAGAAGAGCGCUCUAUACUUGACCGUUACAUCUAUGGGAGUCUUGUUCAUGGUCUUUUACACAUUGGACAGUUAGACAAGGCAUUAGCCAAAGUAGAUUCUAUGAAACAGGCAGGCGUUCAUCCAACUGUCCAUGUUUAUACAUCUUUGAUUGCACAUUUCUGCAAGGAAAAGCAGAUGGGUAGAGCAUUGGAAUUUUUCAAGAUGAUGUGGCAAGAAGAUUGCUAUCCCACUGUUGUUACAUACACAGCAUUGAUACGUGGGUACAUCAACACACAAAAUUUUGAGGAUGCUCGAAAAUUGUUCCUUCGCAUGAGACUAAAAGGGCCAUUUCCAGAUUUUAAGGCUUACUCGAUGUUAAUCACAAGUUUUUGUGAGAUGGGGAAAUCUGAAGCUGCAAUGCAACUGUUAUCUGACAUGUUGGAUGAUGAUAUUACACCUAGUACUGUUAAUUUCCGAACUGUUUUCUUUGGGUUGAAUAGAGAAGGUAAACCACAUUUAGCUCAGGAAGUUAUGCAACUAAAGCAUGCUGUUGCAAAUAAACGAAAGUUCUCAACAUCAUAGUGUCUGAUUGAUGAUAUAUAUACCUUUCGGAAUUAGACUCCUAAAUAAUUCUGUAUGAUCUUUUGAAUGUACAUGGACUGACAUCAACUUCCACCCUAAUAUCCGAGCUACUCAAAUAUUUUGACUACAUAUAUAGAAGUACCGGUCUGAAUAAUGGGCUCUUAUUGUUGAUCUGAAGGAGAAACUUCCCUGUUAAGAAGUAGGUUCAGUUUAGGACCCAAGCUCAGCAGCUGCUCAAGUCUGGCUGCUCAAAGGCAAGCCACAUUGCAUUCGGGAUCCGAGUCAGACAAGGCUUGCUACAGUUUUGUUACGAAGAAUCAUAGCGUUAUUUUGUUAGAAUUGAUUAGUCAGAUUGUUAUUUCUCAGUUUAGUGAGCUUGUAGUAUAAUUAUAGAUAUAUGGACAGUAUGGUAUAUUGGUAUUAGAUAUAAGCUGUAAUAAACAUUACAUUGUUCUUGGUUUUUCUGUAGCUUUAAUACAAUGCCUGACAGCUUGAGCUGCAAAUACAGUUGUGAAGGUGAAAUCUUGAUGUUCA